GCUCCAUCUCUCCCUUUAGGCAAACGCAUCGAUUUCAACAAUAAGUGAAUAACACUCAGUAACAGAUGAACCAUUCUUCCACGCAUCUCUCCUAGAUGCAACAUCUUCACUGAAACCCCCAGUCGUACAACUAACCACCAAAAUGCCCUCUCUCCGUAACAUCACCAUCCUCCUCUCACUCGCAACCUCCACCCUCGGCUUUCAAAAGCCCAUCAACCGCCGCCCGCGACUCGGCAAUAACAACCACGCAACGCCGUACUCCACCGACGAUGAAGACGACACCCCUCUCCCGCUAGUAAUCUGGCACGGCCUAGGUGACGACUUCGCGGCCGACGGCCUACAGUCCGUCGGAUCCCUCGCCGAGUCCAUCAACCCAGGUACCUUCGUAUACUUCAUCCGACUGUCCGAAACCCCAUCCAACGACCGAUCUGCGACCUUCUUCGGCAACGUGACCGAGCAGCUUUCCCAAGUGUGCUCCGAUCUGGCUUCACACCCGAUACUCUCCACCGCGCCUGCCAUCGACGCCCUGGGCUUCAGCCAGGGGGGCCAAUUUCUACGGGGCUACGUAGAGCGGUGCAACAACCCCCCGGUGCGCAGCCUCCUCACCUUUGGCAGCCAACAUAACGGCAUCGUGGACUACCGCGCGUGCAGCACUACCGACCUAAUUUGCAAAGGCACCAUGGCGCUUCUACACGGGAACACCUGGAGCCAAUUUGUGCAGAACCGGCUCGUUCCGGCGCAGUACUUCCGCGACCCGGCGGACAUCGAUCGAUACCUAGAAGCGUCGAAUUUCCUAGCGGAUAUAAAUAACGAGCGCGCGCUGAAGAACGAGACGUACAAAGAGAACAUCGCCAAGUUGGAGAACUUGGCCAUGUAUAUGUUUGAGGAUGACACGACGGUUAUACCCAAGGAGACGGCGUGGUUUGAGGAAGUUAAUGGGACGGAGAUUACGCCAUUGAGGGCGAGGCAGAUGUACGCCGAGGACUGGUUGGGACUGAGGGAGCUUGAUCGCAAGGGGGGCUUGAGUUUCAGGACUACGCCGGGGGGUCAUAUGCAGCUUGGGGACGACGUUCUCAAGGCUGCAUUCAAGGAGUUCCUUGGCCCCAUUGGAAAGAAAUUCCCGAGGGGAACCGAGACGAUGGACGAAUUGUAAAAUAUUACCGGCAACUUUUGGUAUUGGGGGAAGUUUUCUUUCAGUCACGGGGUAUCAGGAGUUCGACAAGUGAAAGCUGUUCAAACCAACGACAUUGCAAUGAUAGAUAAU